UGUUUUCGUGUUCAGAAGUCAUGACAAAAGUUGUGAAACCAUGAGGGGAACAUAACCUUACAUUUGUUUCAUCUUAUGCGAUUUAGUAGUGCAGUUGGAAAGGAACAGUUUUAUAUCUUAGGAUUAUUUAUUUCAAAUCUGAAACUAUGGAUGUUGUUGCAGAAGCCAUUGAGAAAGCUGCUAAAAACAGUGAUAGAUACAGAUCAAUACAAGUUGAAAAACUCAUCGAAUUGGAGUAUGAUUUAGGUACUCUAUUAGCUUCUGAUACAAAUGAAUUAAAUACGAAGGGAAUCAGGAGUGAUAAGGAGAAGUAUCUUAUGUCGCUGGCUAGAGACAACACACAACUGCUCUUCAAUAAGCUCUGGGAGCUGCCGACAGAGACAGUGGAAGAUGCAGUGGUGGUGCGAUUACCAACGCCCAGGUACGUUCUUCCUCGAGAAAAACCAGUUCCUAAGCCCAAACCACUCACCAAGUGGCAGAAAUUCGCAAAGGAAAAGGGCAUAAAGAAGACUAAGAAGGCAAAACUGACUUGGGAUGAUGUUUUGAAGAAAUGGGUGCCGCUGUAUGGUUACAAGAAAGCAUCUGCACAGAGAGACAAAGACUGGGUCCUGGAAGUGCCCCAGAAUGCUGAUCCGUUUGUGGACAGGUUUGCUGAUAAGUCAACGCUCAAGAAGGAAAAGGUAGCUAAAAAUGAGUACCAACGCCUGAGGAACAUAGCAGUUGCAAAGAAGAUAAAGAUACCUAGAGUGGGAGUUCUGCCAGCGGAGAAACCUGGGACUGAUCAAUUAAGGACAGCUGCUAAUGUGGCAAGAGUUUCUACAGCCUCCAUAGGAAAGUUCCAGCCUCGGUUACCUCGGGAGAAGUCUUUGGUUUCUGCUGACAGAGCCUUGCCUGGAGUUAGGAAGAGGAAGCUUCCACAUAUGAGACCAACUGAGGAAAAAAAAUCUAACAUGAAUAUAAUAGACUCAAUUCUUAACAAGAGGCCCAAACUUGAUGUGGAGAAAGCGGUGAAUAAACAAAUCUUCCGGGAACAACAAGAAGCAUCUUCAGAGAAAAAGAAAACUCAAGGAAAGGGGAAGAAAAGGUCUACAUUUGGAAAUAAGAAAGGAAAAGGUGCGGGAAAACGACCAGGAGCUAAACCCGCAGCUGGGAAAGGAAAGAGAAACAAAGUAGGAGGGAGAAAAAGGAGAUGAUAAAAAAAAAAUAAAUUUGGUUUUUAUUA